AUGUGUCGCCUCGAACGCCUUCACUGCCCCGAUUGCGGGAUCAUAAGCGAGUAUGGCUUCGGAAUCUGCAAAAAGUAUGAUGAAUUGGACAACAAAGAUCUCAUCAACGCGCACGACGAAGAAUACCAUCUCCUCGACAGAAAUUUUUUCUUUCGAUGCGAGAACUUUGCCUGGCCGCCAGUUCAACCAAUUCCUUUGAUUCGGCAAGUAUGCGACCGUUGCGAUCCUUUAAGGACUUACUACGAUAAAACAGUCAUUGGGCUCGGACCGCAGCUUCGCAAGGCAAGCAGAUUGAACAGGAACGGAAACGUCGAGAAGAUCGACGCGCCAAACACAGACAGCAACGCCUUGCGAGCGCGGCUUGGUGAACUCCCUCAUCGAGUCCUUACUAUUAGAAUUCCCUACUGCAAGCUCUGCAACCAACCCGAUAUGUUCACCAAAAAAUGCAGGGGUAAGACAAUAUUUGGUAUCAAGGGAGUCGAGCUCGAGGGCAACUCCAUCUUAGGCAAAUGGUGGUGUAGUAAGGCAGCCCGCCCAUGGGUCAGUACCGAGAUCCUUACCGGAUUCAUUCACAAGCCAUGCACUAGCUGCGUUGACCGCGAGAUUGAUAUGCGCCGAAGAGUACUAGAGUUCCGACAGACGUGUAACUCACUUGAAGCCUGGGCUGUUUGGAACUGGCUAACCCUACGAGGCACUGGACUGGUCGACUUCUUCUCCCACGAAACAACUAACAUCGGCCUACCUGAUAGCGAACCUCCCGACCUAAGACAAUUCCAGGCCAUCAUGGCCAAUGGUUGGAAGGCUAGAACCGGGUUUCCAUUCGAAGAGGUCAUCGAAUUAGACAAUUUAUGCAUUUCGCUUCCGUUCACACCUCAUCAUAGACCCUUCUUGACGCUUUCAGAAUGGAAUGGGUUUGUGGGAGUUCGUCCACGCAUGGUUCUCGAUAGUGCACUCAUGCCGCUUACCUCCGCGGGUUUCACGCACAUGGUUACCUUUGAUUCACUGACUCCUGUCACCGACGACGCCGACACUGAGAUGGUAGACCGAAGACAUCGCCGUGGCUUCUUUCGACUAUCCGAGUUUGGAACGUGGCAUCUACAGGGCUCGAAGGAUGCGUUAGCCAGAUGGAGAUUAUCACCUGUUGCAUCGCAAAUGUAUAUUCAAGAUGCAGAAGAAUCUGAGGAAGAAUCUGAGGAAUCCUCAGAUAAGGAUUCUUCGUCGGACGGCUUCUAA